CGGGGGCGAGGCGGCCGGGGGCUUCCGGCGGGCAGGCGGGCGGUGCGGCAGGGUCCGCGCUUCCCCCCCGCCAUGGAGCCGGGCAGCGUGGAGAACCUGGCUGUGGUGUACCGCAGCCGCGACUUCCUGGUGGUCAGCAAGCACUGGGACGUGCGCAUCGACAGCCGGGCGUGGCGCGACACCCUGACCGUGCAGAAGCAGCUGCGGCACCGCUUCCCCGAGCUGGCCGACCCGGACACCUUCUACGGGUUCCGGUUCUGCCACCAGCUGGACUUCUCCACCAGCGGCGCGCUCUGCGUGGCCCUCAACAAGGCGGCCGCGGCCAGCGCGUACCGGUGCUUCAAGGAGCGGCGAGUCACCAAGGCCUACCUGGCUCUGGUGCGGGGACACAUCCGGGACAGCCAGGUGACCAUCAGCUGUGCCAUCGGCAGGAGCAGCACCGAGGGCCGGGCGCAUACCAUGUGCAUCGAGGGCACCGAGGGCUGCGAAAACCCGAAACCCAGCCUCACAGAGCUGGUAGUCUUGGAGCACGGGCUGUAUGCAGGUGACCCAGUUUCCAAGGUGCUGCUGCAGCCCCUCACAGGCCGAACACACCAGCUGCGGGUGCACUGCAGUGCUCUGGGCCACCCCAUCGUGGGCGACCUGACCUAUGGGCAGCCAGCAGGCCACGAGGAGCGUCCUUUCCGCAUGAUGCUGCACGCCUUCUACCUGCGCAUCCCCACGCCCACCGAGCGCGUGGAGGCCUGCACGCCUGACCCCUUCCUGCCCGCCCUCGAUUCCUGCUGGCACCCCCACACGCUCGUGCAGUCGCUGGACUCGCUGGUCGAGGCCCUGCGGGCUGCCCCUGACCCCGAGCCCACAGACGAGGGCACCCGGCCAGGCCAGCCCUCACCACCCCCUGCCAGGGCCCCGGAGACCGAAGAGCAGCGAGCGUCGCGCCUGCAGUGGCUUGCUGAGUGGACACUGGAGCCGGACAACUGAGUGUGUGCCAGGGUUGUGUGGGAAGCUGCGAAUCACUGCCCGGAACCCACCCCAGGCGGGACCCACUCAUCAGCCUUAGAGUGAGGCCCGGUGACUGCAGAGGGGCGGGCCGGCCAGCAGAGGGAGCCCGGCGGCCGGCUGUGGGCUUCCCGGCCCGCCUCUCUCUGGGAAACCAGUCCUGGAGCUGUCCAGGUCACCUUGGGGGAGGCAAGCUGGGACCCCACCUGUUCUGGCUCAGCUUGGGGCUCUGGCGCUCACACGUGGCUUCUCCAGGUGGUC